GCGGGGUUCAGCUCCGGGCCGCCGCGGGGGAAUGCACCGCGGGGCAGAGAGGAAGGGGCGGUGGCUGAAGAGCAGAGGCUUUUAAAUUUGAUCUGGAGUGAAGAGCCCGGAAGUUGCGGCUCUGGACUAGCAACCUCUCAGGCCUGGGGAGGGCGAGUGCGCUCCGCUCCUCUCGGGGGUCUAGAGGAGACCCUCCGGGAUCGGUCCGUGGAGAACUGCGCCGUGGGAAGUUGGACCGGCCCCAGAAAGGCGAAGCCGAGGCCUCUUCCUCUGAGCUUUGGGCGUGUCUGUGACCUGCCGGUGGCUUUAAGUUUGCGGUCCUGCAAUGCACAGUUUUGUGUUGCAUUUCUCCAUCGAGUGCAUUAAAAGCUUUGCCAGUGUCUUAUUUGCCUUAACAACCCCCGCCCGGACCAGGAGCCUGUGCCAACUGGUUUAUAGUGCUUCAGCUCGGAAUUUUGCCACGAGGAGGGGAGCCGGCUUGGAAGGAGAACAGCUGGGCCUUCAAGGAAGCUGGCAUGCAGCUUGGCUUGGCUUUCCCUGACCAUUCCCUGCUGAAUUUCCACCUUUGCUGGUUGUGCUUCUGGAGCCUGGGUCGGAAAAAACAGCUCCAACCUAUCCUGAAUUUCUCCGCAUGGCUUCCAGAGAAGUGACCAUUACAGUACGCCUCAUUCGUUCUUUUGAGCAUCGCAAUUUCAAACCUAUAGUGUAUCAUGGAGUUAAUUUGGACCAAACUACAAAGGAAUUUAUAGUAUUUCUAAAGCAAGAUAUUCCUUUGAGGACCAGCCUGCCACCACCAUUCAGAAAUUAUAAAUAUGAUAAACUAAAGAUUGUUCAUCAAGCACAUAAAUCAAAGACGAAUGAGCUUGUGUUGAGUCUGGAAGAUGACGACAGACUCAUGCUGAAGGAAGACAGCACGCUGCGAGCCGCUGGAAUCGCUCAUGAAACUGAAAUUGCAUUCUUCUGUGAAGAAGAUUAUAAGAACUACAAAGCUAAUCCCAUUUCAUCCUGGUGAAAACCCUUUGGGGGCUCCCUUUUUGCAUACCUGUCUUAAGCUCUUUAUCCCACUAGUGAGUUUUUUUUUUUGAAAUUGAUAAAUAAACCUAAAAAAUUAAUCGCAGGCUCUGCGAUUUUUGCUGAAGUCUGUGGUGUUUUCUGUCCCUGCAGGUCUGUACUUUUUCUUUUUUUCUUGUUGUAAAAUAAUGUAUUUAUUUAUGAGAAAAAAACAUAUGAUUUUUUUUUUAAGUGAAAGAAAUGGUUAUCCAAAAAUCAUCAUGGACGAUUGGUUCUCUAGUCAUAACUUAUUUUUCUGAAAUUAGGGGUUAUUUGGGUGGCUUGCAUGUUGGGUUCCUUAAAAAGAUUGGAAGUUGGGGCGCCUGGGUGGCUCAGUCGGUUAAGCGCCCAACUUGAGAUUCUCUCUCUUCCUGCCACUCUCUCUCUCUCUCUCUCUCUGCCCCUCCCCUACACGUGCUCUCUUGCAUGUGUCCACCCUCUCUGUCUCUCAAAUAAUAAAUUUCAAAAAUAAUUUUUUUAAUAAAGAAUAUAAGACGAA